GGAGCGCCGGGAGCGCACCAAGAUGGCGACACCCGCAGUCCCUCCCGCAGCUCCCCCCGCGCCGCAGUCCGGCCCCGCCGCGCCGGGGCCGCGCUGAGCCCGCCCGACACGAGCUGACCUGCCCGGGGUGCAACAUCGCUAAAGAAGCUGCUGCAGGAUGAAAAGAUGGCAGCGCGGCUGCUCGCACCACCAGGCCCCGAGAGUUUCAAGCCCUUCACUCCGGAGUCUCUGGCCAACAUCGAGAAACACAUCGCCGAGCUGAAGAAGAAGCAGCGCUCGAAGCAGGACAGCAGCCACCGGGAUGACGACGAGGACAGCAAACCCAAACCAAACAGUGACCUUGAGGCGGGGAAGAAUUUGCCUUUCAUCUACGGGGACAUCCCAAAAGGGCUGGUUGCUGUGCCACUGGAGGACUUUGACCCUUAUUAUAUGACCCAGAAAACCUUUGUAGUACUAAACAGAGGGAAAACACUCUUCCGAUUUAGUGCCACACCUGCCUUGUACAUUUUAAGUCCUUUUAAUCUGUUUAGAAGAAUAGCUAUUAAAAUUUUGAUACAUUCAGUAUUUAGCAUGAUCAUUAUGUGCACUAUUUUGACCAACUGUGUAUUCAUGACUUUUAGUAACCCGCCCGAAUGGUCCAAGAACGUGGAGUACACCUUCACUGGGAUUUACACCUUCGAGUCACUCGUGAAAAUCAUUGCCAGAGGUUUCUGUAUAGAUGGAUUCACCUUCCUGCGGGAUCCUUGGAACUGGCUGGAUUUCAGCGUCAUCAUGAUGGCAUAUGUCACAGAGUUUGUGGACCUUGGGAAUGUCUCAGCAUUGAGAACUUUCAGAGUUCUCCGAGCUUUGAAAACUAUCUCUGUAAUUCCAGGCCUGAAGACCAUCGUGGGUGCCCUCAUCCAGUCGGUGAAGAAGCUGUCGGACGUGAUGAUCCUGACAGUUUUCUGCCUCAGUGUCUUUGCCCUCAUUGGGCUCCAGCUGUUCAUGGGCAACCUGAGGAACAAGUGUGUGAUUUGGCCAAUUAAUGUGAACGAGACCUUCCUGGAUAACGGCUCCAGGGGCUUCGACUGGGAGGAGUACACCAACAACAUGUCAAAUUUUUACAUCAUUCCUGGUGCCCCAGAUCCUUUGCUCUGUGGUAACAGCUCGGAUGCAGGCCAAUGUCCAGAGGGAUACACGUGCAUGAAGGCAGGACGGAACCCCAACUACGGCUACACGAGCUUCGACACCUUCAGCUGGGCUUUUCUGGCUUUAUUUCGCCUUAUGACUCAGGACUUCUGGGAAAACUUGUAUCAACUAACCUUACGAGCGGCAGGAAAAACCUACAUGAUCUUCUUUGUGCUGGUCAUCUUCGUGGGCUCCUUCUACCUGGUGAACCUGAUCCUGGCCGUGGUGGCCAUGGCCUACGAGGAGCAGAACCAGGCGACGCUGGAGGAGGCAGAGCAGAAGGAGGCAGAGUUCAAGGCCAUGUUGGAGCAGCUGAAAAAGCAGCAGGAAGAGGCACAGGCUGCUGCCAUGGUCACCUCGGCUGGGACGGUGUCUGAAGAAGCUGUGGAGGAUGAUGGGGGGAGGAUGUCCAGGAGCUCCUCAGAGAUUUCCAAACUCAGUUCCAAGAGCGCCAAGGAGCGUCGGAACAGGAGGAAAAAGCGGAAGGACAAGGAGCUGUCGGAGGGAGAUGAGAAGUGUGACACUGAGAAGGUGUUCAAGUCAGAAUCUGAGGAUGGCAUGAGGAGGAAAGCGUUCAGGCUGCCCGAUAACAGGCUGGGAAGGAAGUUUUCCAUCAUGAACCAGUCUCUCCUCAGCAUCCCGGGCUCCCCGUUCCUCUCCCGCCACAACAGCAGGAGCAGCAUCUUCAGCUACAAGGGCCGUUUCCGCGACCCGGGCUCGGAGAACGAGUUCGCCGACGACGAGCACAGCACGGUGGAGGAGAGCGAGGGCCGCCGGGACUCGCUGUUCAUCCCCAUCCGCGGCCGCGACCGACGCAGCAGCUACAGCGGCUACAGCGGCUACAGCCAGGGCAGCCGCUCCUCCCGCAUCUUCCCCGCCCUGCGCCGCAACGUCAAGAGGAACAGCACCGUGGACUGCAACGGCGUCGUGUCCCUCAUCGGGGGGCCCCCCUCCAGCAUGCGGGGCCGCAUCCUGCCCGAGGGUACAACUGAAAUUGAGAUUAGAAAGAAACCUGGUGGGUCUCUCUUGGUCUCCAUGGAUCAGGUGAAUGCAUCCUAUGGAAGGAAGGAUCGGACCAACAGUGUCAUGACCGGGCUGACCAACACCCUUGUUGAGGAGCUGGAGGAGUCCCAGAGGAAGUGUCCCCCUUGCUGGUACAAAUUUGCCAACACGUUCCUGAUCUGGGAGUGCCACCCCUACUGGAUGAAGCUGAAGGAGAUCGUGAACCUGAUUGUCAUGGAUCCCUUUGUUGACUUGGCCAUCACCAUCUGCAUCGUGCUGAACACGCUGUUCAUGGCCAUGGAGCACCACCCCAUGACCCCCCAGUUUGAACACGUGCUCUCCGUAGGAAAUCUGGUUUUCACGGGGAUUUUCACGGCAGAAAUGUUCCUGAAGCUCAUUGCCAUGGAUCCCUACUAUUAUUUCCAGGAGGGCUGGAACAUCUUUGAUGGGUUUAUUGUCUCCCUCAGUUUGAUGGAGCUGAGCCUGGCAGAUGUGGAAGGACUUUCCGUGCUGCGAUCUUUCCGAUUGCUGAGAGUCUUCAAACUGGCCAAGUCCUGGCCCACUCUGAACAUGCUGAUAAAAAUCAUCGGUAACUCAGUGGGUGCCUUGGGGAACUUGACCCUGGUGUUGGCCAUCAUCGUGUUCAUCUUCGCCGUGGUGGGGAUGCAGCUCUUCGGCAAAAGCUACAAGGAUUGUGUCUGCAAGAUCAGUCAGGAGUGUGAGCUACCCCGCUGGCACAUGCACGAUUUCUUCCACUCCUUCCUUAUUGUCUUCCGUGUGUUGUGUGGGGAAUGGAUUGAGACCAUGUGGGAUUGUAUGGAAGUGGCAGGACAGGCCAUGUGCUUGAUUGUCUUCAUGAUGGUCAUGGUCAUCGGAAAUUUAGUGGUGCUGAACCUGUUCUUGGCCUUGUUGCUGAGCUCCUUCAGCGCAGACAACUUGGCAGCCACGGACGACGACGGGGAGAUGAACAACCUGCAGAUCUCGGUGAUCCGCAUCAAGAAGGGCAUCGCCUGGACCAAGGCGAAGGUGCGGGAGUUCAUGCACACCCACUUCAAGCAGAGGGAGGGGGACGAGGUGAAGCCCCUGGACGAGCUGUACGACAAGAAGGUGAACUGCAUCGCCAACCACACCGGGGCCGACAUCAACAGGGACAUCGACUUCCAGAAGAACGGCAACGGCACCACGAGCGGCAUCGGCAGCAGCGUGGAGAAGUACAUCAUCGACGAGGACCACAUGUCCUUCAUCAACAACCCCAACCUCACCGUGCGCGUCCCCAUCGCCGUGGGCGAGUCGGAUUUCGAGAACCUCAACACGGAGGAUUUCAGCAGCGACACGGACCCCGACGGCAGCAAAGAGAAACUCGACGACACCAGCUCCUCUGAGGGCAGCACCAUUGAUAUAAAGCCUGAGGUGGAAGAAGUCCCCGUGGAGGCACCGGAGGAGUACCUGGACCCUGAUGCCUGUUUCACAGAAGGGUGCAUGCAGCGCUGCAAGUGCUGCCAGGUCAACAUCGAGGAAGGGCUGGGCAAGUCGUGGUGGACCUUGAGGAAAACCUGUUUCCUGAUCGUGGAGCACAACUGGUUUGAGACUUUCAUCAUCUUCAUGAUCCUCCUGAGCAGUGGAGCUCUGGCUUUUGAGGAUAUUUACAUAGAGCAGAGGAAAACCAUCAGGACCAUCCUGGAAUAUGCAGACAAGGUCUUCACCUACAUCUUCAUCCUGGAGAUGCUGCUCAAGUGGUGUGCCUAUGGAUUUGUGAAGUUCUUCACCAACGCCUGGUGCUGGCUGGAUUUCCUCAUUGUGGCUGUCUCUUUAGUCAGCCUUAUAGCUAAUGCCCUGGGCUACUCGGAACUAGGUGCCAUAAAGUCCCUUAGGACACUAAGAGCCUUGAGGCCUUUAAGAGCGUUGUCCCGAUUUGAGGGGAUGAGGGUGGUUGUCAACGCCUUGGUUGGCGCUAUCCCUUCCAUUAUGAAUGUCUUGUUGGUCUGCCUUAUCUUCUGGCUGAUUUUCAGCAUUAUGGGGGUUAACCUGUUUGCCGGGAAAUAUCAUUACUGCUUUAAUGAAACAGCUGAGCACCGCUUUGAGAUAGAUGUUGUUAACAACAAGACAGACUGCGAGGCUCUGAUGCCGCCCAACUCCACGGAGAUCCGGUGGAAGAACGUGAAAAUUAACUUUGACAACGUUGGGGCAGGAUAUCUGGCUCUCCUGCAAGUUGCUACGUUCAAGGGCUGGAUGGACAUCAUGUAUGCAGCAGUAGAUUCCAGAAAGCAAGAAGAGCAACCCAAGUACGAGGACAACAUUUACAUGUACAUCUAUUUUGUGAUCUUCAUCAUCUUCGGCUCCUUUUUCACCCUGAACUUGUUCAUUGGUGUCAUCAUCGACAACUUCAACCAACAGAAGAAAAAGUUUGGAGGUCAAGACAUCUUCAUGACAGAAGAACAAAAGAAGUACUACAAUGCCAUGAAAAAACUGGGCUCAAAGAAGCCUCAAAAACCCAUUCCCCGACCUCUGAACCGCAUCCAAGGGGCCGUGUUCGACUUCGUCACCCAGCAAGCCUUUGACAUCGUCAUCAUGAUGCUCAUUUGCCUCAACAUGGUGACCAUGAUGGUGGAGACGGACACGCAGAGCAAGCAGAUGGAGGACAUCCUGUACUGGAUCAACUUCGUGUUCGUCAUCUUCUUCACGUGCGAGUGUGUGCUGAAGAUGUUCGCCCUGCGCCACUACUACUUCACCAUCGGCUGGAACAUCUUUGACUUCGUGGUCGUGAUUCUGUCCAUCGUGGGAAUGUUCCUGGCUGAAAUCAUCGAGAAGUACUUCGUGUCCCCCACCCUGUUCCGAGUCAUCCGCCUGGCCCGUAUCGGCCGCAUCCUGCGCUUGAUCAAAGGAGCCAAAGGAAUCCGCACGCUGCUCUUUGCCUUAAUGAUGUCCCUGCCUGCCUUGUUCAACAUCGGCCUCUUGCUCUUCCUGGUCAUGUUCAUCUUCUCCAUCUUUGGCAUGUCGAACUUCGCCUACGUCAAGCACGAGGCCGGCAUCGACGACAUGUUCAACUUUGAGACCUUUGGCAACAGCAUGAUCUGCUUGUUCCAGAUCACCACGUCCGCCGGCUGGGACGGGCUCCUGCUGCCCAUCCUGAACCGGCCCCCGGACUGCGACCUGGACAAGGAGCACCCGGGGAGCAGCUUCAAGGGGGACUGCGGGAACCCUUCGGUGGGGAUAUUUUUCUUCGUGAGCUACAUCAUCAUCUCCUUCCUGAUCGUGGUCAACAUGUACAUCGCCAUCAUCCUGGAGAACUUCAGCGUGGCGACGGAGGAGAGCGCGGACCCGCUCAGCGAGGACGACUUCGAGACCUUCUACGAGAUCUGGGAGAAGUUCGACCCCGACGCCACGCAGUUCAUCGAGUACAGCAAGCUGGCGGACUUCGCCGACGCCCUGGAGCACCCGCUGCGCGUCCCCAAACCCAACACCAUCGAACUCAUCGCCAUGGACCUGCCUAUGGUAAGUGGGGACAGGAUCCACUGUUUGGACAUCCUGUUUGCCUUCACCAAACGUGUCCUGGGGGACAGCGGGGAGCUGGAUAUCCUGAGGCAGCAGAUGGAGGAGAGGUUCGUGGCGUCCAACCCUUCCAAAGUGUCUUACGAGCCCAUCACCACGACGCUGCGGCGCAAGCAGGAGGAGGUGUCGGCCGUGGUGAUCCAGAGGGCUUACAGGGCUCGUUUGGCACGACGGGGCUUCAUCAGCCGAAGGCCUGCCUCCACCAAACUGGAAAACGGGGGAGCCAACAGGGAGAAAAAGGAAGGAACCCCGUCCACGGCGUCCCUGCCGUCCUACGACAGCGUCACCAAACCCGAGAAGGAGAAACAGCAGCGGGCGGAGGAGGGGAGGCGAGAAAAGGCAAAGAGACAAAAAGACACCAGGGAAUCCAAGUGUUGAGACACACACACACACACACACACACACAAAAAAAAAAAAUAAAAUAAAAAAAAAUAGUAGAAUUGUACAAAUUAAAAAAAAAAUAUUUGCAAGCGGGAGGAAAAAAAAAAAAAAAAAGAUUGUUUACAAACUUCCUGAAAUAAUCUCAAUGCAGAACAGCUGUGGAGACACUUACCUGAAGAUCUUAUACCAAACAUAGUCUGCUUACUGUGUGACAGCGUUGCAUCUAAAGCAGUGACCUACCACCUGUUUAAAGGACCCUGUAAACAAACAUUUAAACACACAAAAAAAAAAAAAGGAAAAAAAAAGGAUUUUCUAUUGUUUGGGCAGGUGGAUACUGCAUGUUCCACAUCAGUCAAUGCAACUUAGGACAAACAAGCAAAAUAAACCACACACACACACACAGAGAAAAACAAAACCCGCUGCUGGGAUUCAUGUAUUUUCCAAAGCAGCCCAAAAUGGAUUUUAUUUUCCCAUUUUGUUGAUUAUUCUUGAAAGAAAACCCAGGAGUCACGAUGUUAACGGGUUUGUUCAUGCAAAACUGGAUUUGCAUUUAGUUAAGCAGCAAAAAAAAAAAAAAAAAAAAAGGGGAAAAAAAAGGGAAAAAAAAAAGUUAAAACAAGUAGAACAAAAAAAAAAAAAGGAAAAAAACCCCGAAACAAAGCACCCAUUGAGUUGUCAUAAGUUUAUUUGAGAUUUAUUAUCUGCAUUCUACUUUCCACAUGGGCUUUACUUGGUUUGGGAGAUGGGGUAAUCGGGUACCUUCAGCCUGGAGCCAGCUCGGGCUGAUCCUCCCCAAAAAAAAACCCAAAAGUGCUCGUUAACGCGUAGAAGCGAAUUUGCAUGACGGCAUGACCAGGGACCAUGCAUGAGGAACCACGAGACACGCAGUCACCUGUCCACAGGGGUGUGUUUAAGCCAUAAAUUCGAGGCACUCCACUGAGUAUCUACCGCACACUGUAUUUGGAGAGGAACCUUAGUGAUGCUCCUGCCCGGCACCAGUACGUCCCAGUUCGUGGUGAAUCUUCCACAGACCUGCCAGUAGGAGA